CGCAGGGUUUGCCCUCUCCGGUCAGCUGACCCGACUGAAGUCAGCCUCCCGACGGAAACAUACAUCCCCAGGUAAAGUGUAAAGUAGCUUAGUGAAAUGACAGCCAGUGGCAUAGAUCUUCGUGGGCCCCCAUUGAUCUGGAAUUGGUCAUUUUAUCGAUUCGUUUAACGGAUACGAGUGACACUACCGACCUCUCUUCACUUAGUGGCCAUUAGCUUAAGCGCUAACGGGAGCUAGCUGUAGUUUUUGUUUUUUGUUUUUCCCAUUUGUGCGGCUAGCUAGUGCAUGGCGAGCUGAUUGGCUUGUGAUGGUCUUGCGGUCGUUGUAGUAGCGAAGGAGACGCUGAGAUGGCAGACAGCGAUGGGGAGGACAUCAAGGAAACACCUGAGCUGCCUGUGGAGACAGGAAGGAAGCCUCGCUGGUCUGCCGCAGCUGGUACAAUGCCAGCCAGGACCUGCGCUUUCAGAAGAACGUCACCUUCUGCUUCCCGGCUUCAGCCUCGUCCCUGGAGCUGGUCAGGGGCCUGGGGAGGAAGUCACGCUGCAGUCUGAUUAUAAGCCAGCUCGAUGGCUUCAGUAUGUCCAGAUCACUGCUUCUGGAGGUGGGUCUGUGUCUGGGCUCUAAACUGGAGAGCCUGGCCCUGCCUGGUAGCAGCAUAACAGAGGCCUCUCUGCUGGCCCUCCUUCCUCGCCUCACCUCCCUCCGCAGGCUGGACCUCAGGGGCCUGGACAGCCUCUUCAUGUCCGGAGCUUUCCUCUCCAGGGAAGAGCACAGACAGCAGGUCAGGUUAGCUCUGUCUGGUCUGGAGGAGCUGGACCUGUCCGACCUGCGCUACCUUUCUGACCUGACCUUUAGUCGGCUCACCGGCUGCACCCCGCGCCUCUGCCGGCUCUCGCUGGCCGGCUGCCAUAUUGCUUUCGAGUUUGACCCCUAUCGAGGGUGCCCGGUGGGAGCUGUUGAGGACUCCUCAGCAUUACUGUCACUGAGGAACUUGAGGAGGUUGUUAACAGAGCAGAAAUCCACCCUUGUAGCUCUGGACCUCAGCAGAACCUCCAUCACCCCUGAGUCACUACGCACUAUUGCACAGGUUCAGGAUUUGGUCUUGGAGGAACUGUGUCUGCAUGGCUGUAAGGAGCUGACCGACUACUCAGUGGAGGUUCUGGUGAAGCACCAGCCAUGCCUUCAGAGACUGGACAUCAGUGCCUGCACUGAGCUGACCAGCAGGUCUGUAGAGGCCAUAGCACAGGGCCUAAAGUCACUGACAAACCUCUCCUUGUCCCACGACUGGAGGAUCACUGAAAAAGGCCUCGCUGACCUGCUGUCUGUGUCGUCCCUGAGGAGUCUGGAUCUGUCCGAGUGUCUGCACGUAAGCGGAACAGAGAUAGUGAAGGGCUUGACGGGGCCCGAUGCUGCCAGAGCACAGCUGGAGAUGCUCAGCCUCAAGAGCUGCACCUACAUUAGGGAUCUUGCGGUUUUCUCUCUGACCCAAGUUCUUGGGGAAACUCUCUGUGAGUUGGACCUGACCUCAUGCGUCAAUGUGACUGACCUGUCUGUGCGCGCUAUCUCCACCUACCUGCAGAGGCUGGUAGUUCUGCGGCUCGGCUGGUGCAAGGAAGUCACAGACUGGGGUUUGCUAGGGAUAGUGGAAACAACCAGGUGUGAGCCUGACGAGGAGACGGGAGACAAGGGCCCCAGGUUCACCCGGACCUUCGGCAACAUGGGCUUCUUCAAGCCUCCUCGUCUGCCUUUUGAGGAGCGACCCAAGCUGGUGACACAGAAUGACCUGGAGCAAUUCAAACGGCAGGCUGGGGCUUCACUUUUAGCUCUCAACCAGCUGCAGGAGCUGGACCUCUCUGCCUGCUCCAAACUCACUGACAGCAGCAUCACACAGGUGGUGCGCCACCCUGACCUCCACCGUCUGUCCCUCUCCAUGCUGCCAGAGAUCACUGACGCCAGCUUGGCGUCUGUAGCCUGGCACUGCCGCAGCCUCACCAGUCUGGGUCUCAGCCACUGCCCGGGUAUCAGUGACCGCGGAGUGGCACAGGCUGCGCCUUACCUCCACAGACUCCAGCAUCUCUACCUCUCCUGUUGUAAUAACAUCACGGACAGAUCCUUGUCCCUCCUGGUGCAGCACUGUAAGCGUCUGAGAACACUCGACAUCUCAAGGUGCAAAAACAUCUCCGUAACCACAAUGGACCUCCUUCAAUCACAGCUGCCCUUCUUGGAAAAUGUCCACUAUAAAUUUAUAGGUGGGGCUGACCUUACUCUAACACUCUGACUGAAUGUCCUGCAUGAGGGCUGGACAGCUUUUUGAUAACAAAACCUGCUGACCGAAGACUGCUCCAUGUGUUGAGCUUUUGCACAUCAGCAAUUUGCACACGAACUGAAGGAAAUGUUGAUAAGUUGUCAGUUUACAGUCUGAGCUACUGUAAAACCCACCAUCUGUAGGUCGACCUGUUAGUCAGCAUGUUUUUAAAAAAAAUCUGUCAUAGGGCUGGUACAACUUGUACAAAACCAUAGUGGAAAUACUUCUGCCUGUAUGGUUAUACUUUUUCUAAGUAUAUCCAUGCUUGGAUUCAAACAAUCAGACAGAAAUAUAUCUGGCUGAAUACACACCCACCCUAAACCACCACUUUCAAAAGAUCAUUAAAUGUUGAGUCCAAGAGGAAAAAGAUUCGAUGUAACAUUAUGUUCAGUUUAUCCGGUGAAUCACCACGGAAGGCACAGAUUUUAAUCUAAGGUAGGCAUUUUUAAGUUGCAGUCCUCAAGUAUCAUAUAAAAUCAAGAGACGUCGUGAAAACUUAAACACACAGCUGCCAAAGUAAGAAGAAAAUAUUCCCAAAGUGUCUAAUUAAACUGAGAAUGUCAAUCGUUUUCUCAUACAUUUGUUUCUAGGAGGAAAAUGCCGCCAAAAAUGAGAGAUUUUGUUAUAUGCUUGUUAUAUUGUCUUGUAGUGACAGAGUGCUUUUAUCUAAGUUAAAAGGUUAACAGUAUAUCAGAAAAUACUUAAAAUAAAAUGACAGAAGCUUUCCCAUAAUAAGUAAUUUUGUUGAGACUGAAAGUUUAUUCUUAAU